GAGACACGUCCGUCUCGCCGGACGUUCCGGAUGUUUAUGCCAUAUGUUUAUGUACUGGCCUCCCAUUGCUGCUGUCUCCAUCGCCACACUCUGCCAUGUGCCACUUUCAGGUCUCCUCACACUGCUGGUGUUGUUCCAUUUUUUGUCAUAGGGUGCUGGCAGAUUACGGGCCUCCCAUUAGCUGCUGCCAGGCCCCUAAUCUGCCAUGGGCCCCUGUACCGCCUCCUCAUGCUGCUGGCCAGGCCAAGGUUCCAGAGUCUCUCAUGGGUCCCUGUACGGCCUCCCAUUGCUGCUGUCUCCAUCGCCACACUCUGCCAUGUGCCACUUUCAGGUCUCCUCACACUGCUGGUGUGUUCCAUUUUUUGU